UUAUUUUAUUUAUAUUCAUCAAUUCAUGGCUUCAUUUUUUGGUCUAAAGAUUGGUAGCUUUCAGACAAUAUUUUUUGUGGGACUGGUUCUCGCAUAUCAUGUAGUUAUACUAGUGGAAGGAGGAAGGGAUAUUGCGAGUAGAUUAUCGGAAGAAGAGGAUUUGGAGUUGGAAAGACAACUCAACAUUCUAAACAAAUCACCUAUCAAAACAAUUCAUACUGGUUGGGGAGAUAUCUAUGAUUGCAUCGAAUUCCACAAACAACCUGCCUUUGAUCAUCCUCUGUUAAAAAACCGUACAAUUACUAUCUCGAAAAUAGACGAACCGGUAUCUACAAGACCACAUAAAACACUGAUGAGUCAAAUCGAAGGGUGCCCAAAAAGAACGGUUCCUAUUCGUAGGACAACUAAAGAAGAUCUGAUCCGAGCCAAACAUUUAUCUUCCUCAUCCAACACUGCUGGUGAUGAAUAUUUUGCAGGUAUGACUGUUCAACAAAAAGGCGAACGGUACUUUGGAGCCAGUGGUUUAGCAAACGUAUGGAAUCCCAAAGUAAACACUGAUCAAUCUAGUGGAGCUGAAAUUCAACUUGUAGCAGGCCCGAUAGAACAUGCUAAUUAUAUCAUAUUUGGAUGGACAGUAGACCCAGGAUUGUAUGGUGAUAAUGCGACUCGGACUUAUACAUAUUGGAGCAGUGAUAGUGGUUACACGACAGGUUGCUAUAAUACUCUCUGUCCUGGAUUUGUGCAACUCCACCCAACAUAUACUCCCUUUUUGCACUUCAACAAAACAUCCGUCAUUGCAGGCGAGCAGAUUCAAUUGUUUUCGAGCAUACAUAUGGACCCUGAAACCGGGGACUGGUGGUUGAUAAUAGACCAAACUGUCAAAGUUGGUUAUUGGCCAAAAGAUCUAUUCACCCUGUUUCAUCUAGGCGCAGAGUAUAUUUACUGGGGUGGUCGUGUAAGGUCUGGGAAAGAUGGGAUUGCUCCAGAAAUGGCUAGUGGUAGUAAACUGGAUGAUUUUCCCAAUCAUGUUGGUUAUUAUGCAUCUCUUAAUUAUACAAACGAGGUCGAGGGAGAUUGGAUACUUGUUCAACAAGGUCCAAUUUCAGUUGAUUGUAAAGGGUCUUACGAUGCAAGUUGGAAAUAUUCUGAAGACCACGUCCUUAUGUAUGGAGGACCUGGUGGACCUUGUGCUUGACUGGUGAAAGCUGUUGGUGUGCAAAUAAAAGCUUUUGUAACCAAAAAUAAGAAAGCAUUUAUAUGAAUCCAUAUAGCUUUCUUCAAUUGUUGUUUUUAUCUUAAAUUGUAGGAGUAUAUUUGUAUUCCAAAUGAGACAGAGCACCCAUAAAAGCAGUGUAAACAAACCGCACAAAAUAAAAACUUCCCAAUAACUGCUA